AUGAUUACUGCAGAUGGACUUUGUCUAGUUUGCAUUCAAGAGGAUGAGACAGUACUGCAUGUCCUCUGGACUUGUCCAGUUGCAGUUGAUGUAUGGGGUGAGUCUGUUAGUCAUGUGAGGAAGUGGCAUACAGUUUAUAGAGAUUUUAUACUUAUAUGGAGGGAUUUGUUUCAAAGCUACACUCAUCAGUCUACAUUGGAUGAUAUUGCUGUUUAUAAGGAGGUUGCCCAGGUUCAAAAGAAACAAAACACUAGGAAUGGAGUCCAGAUGCAAACAAUUGGAAGAACCUUAUGGAAACCAGCUGAGGAUCCUUUCUUUAAGCUUAAUUUUGAUCCUACUUUUGUAUCUGAUGAAAACUUUAUGGGAAUUGGUAUUGUUCUAAGAGAUUGUAGGGGUGAUGCAGAGGUGGUAUUAGCUGCUCCUAGAAGAUAUGUUAACUCUAUGUUCCAGACAGAAUGCUAUGCAUUGCUUCGGGGCUUGCAGUUGUGCCAUGAACUGGGAUUUCAUCAUGUGAUUUUUGAAGGAGAUGCUAAACAUGUGAUUGAUAGCAUACAUGGUGACAUGGUGCAAACUUAG